AUGAGAGAUACUAGCCUGGACCCAGAGCUCUUGGAGACAAUUUGGAAAUUGGACUUGGAGGUCAGCGAACCAAUAGACUUUGGUUCUGGAGAUCAUCAACAUCUGAUUCGGAAAGCAGCAGAUAAAAGCAUCCAGUCCGAAUCUGGUGAGCGCUACACACCUUCAUCUUCAGCUGGGCCACAAGAAACUCGGGAGAAGCCACGGCCAAAGGUCACCGAGCAGUUGAAUACCUAUGUGGUAGAAAUUUCAGAUGACAUCACCCCAGGUGAUAGCAAUGCAACUUUAGGCAAUCCUUUCUCAGAUGCAUCUGUCCGCAGAGGCCUUCUGAGGGCCUGGACAACUUGCAGGUGGACUGCGAGCUUUGAAUCCUGUUGGUCUCCCUGUGGCCCUCACCACUCCUUUCCUGUGGCUGGAAAGCUGCCUUUUGGAGCUCUAGCCUUUGAGAUUAGGGAAUCUGGGAAUCUGGGCGACUUCGUGCCGGCACAUUUGCCUCUGAUGAGGCCACCUGGGGGCGCGCACUCCCGAGCCUGGGUUACACUUCAGGAACAGUUAACCUGGCUAUUGCCGGACCCCUCUCAGGCGCAACUGCCCGCUGUUCAGACAGCUCUUGAAGGUCUGCUGCUAGGAGCCAUAUCAGUUUUCUACAAGGCCGAGGAAGUGUUAUGGGCAACAGCUGCAACCACUCUGGUGAUGCUAGCACUCACUUUGUUUGCUCUACAAACAAAAUGGGAUUUUACCUUGCUAAAUGGAGUGCUGUUCGUUUUCUGCUUCGUGCUUUUAAUCUAUGGAAUUAUCUUAAUCUUCGUGCGAUCAUAUUGGCUGCAUCUAUUGUAUGCUGGACUCGGAACUGUGCUCUUCUCAUUCUACUUGGUGAUGGAUGUGCAGCUCAUGCUGGGAGGGCACCACCAUUAUUCCCUGGACCCUGAAGAAUAUGUUUUUGCUGCCCUGAACAUCUACUUGGACAUCAUCAACCUUUUCAUUUUUAUUCUGCGUCUGAUUGGACUGGGACGGUAGUCACACAACCAAGGCUGGCUCAUGCGGAGAAGACGAAGGAGGGAUGCUGUGAAGUGUUGCCAGGCUCGGGCAUGCAGAAGUCACCAUUUCAGAAGCUCUUUUAUUUUAAAAAAAUUUAAGAAUACUUAUUUUUUUGUCAAAUGAAACCUAGCAUUGAGUAGAUGAUAGCUGUAGCUGUUAUAUUUUCAGUUCCAUUGUCACGUAGCAAGACUUUCUGGGGACAUUUCUAAUUUGUAUAGAUUCAAAAGAUAAGUGUCAUAAUUACAUACUUACAAACAUUUGUAAGAUGCCCAUUCCUUUGUUGGAGUUUUCUGGACACUGUUUAAAGCUGUAAACAACGUAUCUCCACAUGAAUACAACUGACUACAGAAACCUA